AUGGAGCACAGAUAUAACGUGUUUAAUGAUACUCCGCGAGGGAACCAUUGGAUGGGCAGUUCUGCGUCAGGAUCACCACGUCCAUCCCAUAGUAGUCGUCCUAAUGUAAAUACAACACGACGUUUCCAAUAUAAUGACGAUGAACCCGGUGAGGAAAUUCGGCCUUUACGUUCGAGGAAAUUCAAAAACACUGAAAAUGAAUUGAGCGAUGAGAGAUCUAGGAUAUCUGAACGCGACAGCAGAGACCGCCACAUUAGUGGUGAUAAGAAGGUAGAUAUUUAUUCACUGCCCCUAAUAUCAACAGAUGUUUUAGAAAUUUCGAAACAAAGGACAUUUGCGGUGAUAUUUUUUCUUAUAAUUCAAUGUUAUAAAAUAUAUGAUCUGGUAAUACUUAAAUCCGGAUUACCACUUUCGGGUUUACUGUUUAAGAAUUAUCGGUUUAAUUUCAUAUCCAAGUAUUUCAUUAUGGAUUCAUUAUUCCUUUAUGUUUUGCCAUCCUUUAACAUUCCUAGACUGACUUUCAAGCCAUGGAUGGUGUAUCUUCAGAUCUUAGGUAUGAUACUAUUGAACAUAUUUAUAUCAAGCGAUCACGAGUUCGUUUUAAUUUCAUUAGUUUUGACCACAUGGAGAAAAAUUUAUACGAGGGAACUAAGCGUAACAGGCUCUGCCAUCAAUCAUCAUCGUAUUGUUGAUUCCUCCGCUCAUUUUAAGGGCGCUCUAACAAUAAAGAUCUUGCCUGAAAAUACGGCAAUGUUCAACCCUCUUCAUGAAUCAUAUUGUUUACCCAUGGAUACCAAUCUUUUCAAAAUUAACUCUAUUGAUGUACCCAUCAGAAUAAACUCAACUGAAGAGAUUGAUUUUAUUGAAUUAGAAUAUAGAGAUCUCUACACAAAUGCGGUAGAAUCACGGUCUUUGAGCAAGAAAGACUUCAGAAUCAUAAAUAACCCCAAAUCCUUACUAAAUAAAGACCAGUCAGUUCUAAAAUCUCAUUCGAACGAUUUUGAAGAAGGUAGUACAAUUCGUUAUUUGGCGGUAACCCUUCAAGAUAUUGGUUUUUAUCAAAUCAAAAAAAUUGUUGAUUCUAAAAAACUAAAUUUAAAAAUUCAUCAGUCGCACUUGGUUGUUCCCUACUGUCCAAUUGCAUCGAUUACUGGGACUGGAAACAAUGAUAGAUGUAUUGGUGAUUCGGAUAAUGUUUCUCUUGAAAUUCAGGGUGUGCCUCCAAUGAAGUUAGCAUACUCUAAGAUCGUUAAUGGUCAAACAUUUUCAUAUGCAGACUCCAGCCUGCAACCAGAAUAUUUUGAGUCGCCCUUACAAUCAAGUAAAUCCAAACAGAGUUUUACCCAAGAAGAAUUAAACGAUAUGAAAUGGGGUAGAAACCAACCUGUUAAUAUUAAUUUAGAUUCUUCAAUUACCCAGGACGGCAAAUAUGCAUAUAAAAUCGACAAAAUAAUUGACGGCCUGGGAAAUGUCGUGGAUUUUACAUCUCUCCCUGAAGAUUUAAAAAAACGUUAUGAUUUGUCUUAUGAUUUUAAUGUUCAUGGGAUUCCACGUGCAGCGCUAGAGGAAAGAUUCGAUCUCAAAUCACCCACGAAAAGGUCGAUUGCCAUCGUGUUCGAAGAAAUCAAAAACUGGAUUUCAGAUAUUCCGUAUGUUAUUAGCCUAACCUAUACUGAUGCACAAGACAAAUCGAAAAAGAAAAUGAAUAUCACUACAGAUUCUUUGACUAAGGUCCUUCAAGCUGAUCUUCCGGGGUUGUAUAGUUUAGAAUACAUUGAAUCUAAGUUUUGUCCGGGUGCGAUUGUUGGUAAAUCAAACGUCCUAGUUACUAUGCCGGUUGCACCUACUAUGGAAGUUAAAUCCUUUCCAAUAUUGGACCAGUGCGUGGGACAAGUUGGCCUAAAUUUCGAGUUAUCUUUUACUGGCGCUCCACCAUACUAUUAUAACACCAAAAUUUAUAAGCUUGAAAGUGGUGAAAGAAAGCUAUAUGAUGCAAAGAGAUACACCUCGGAAGGUACUAGAAAUCACUUCAGUUAUAGUCCACCUAAAGAAGGUAAUUAUGAAAUUGUAUUUGAUACGGUUUCCAAUAAACUAUUCACGGAACCAAUCAGAUUGGAACCUGUAAAAGAUUAUACUUUCAAGACAUCAAUGAGAGUAAAACCAAGCGCAUCACUAAAAUUACACCAUGAUCUGGAACUCUGUUUGGGUGACCACAGUAGUGUCCCUGUAGCUUUAAAAGGUCAGGGCCCUUUCACGUUGACAUAUGAUAUCAUAGAAACAUUUUCAAGCAAGAGGAAAACCUUUGAAAUCAAAGAUAUUAAAACUAACGAAUAUGUUAUUAAAACACCGGUCUUCUCUACUGGUGGCGAUUAUAUUAUAUCUUUGGUUUCUAUUAAGGAUUCCACUGGCUGUAUAGUUGGACUCAGUCAACCGGAUGCUAAAAUACAGGUGAGAAGAGAUAUCCCAUCCGUCGCAUUCAAUUUUUUCGAGCCUGUUAAAGAAGCCAAAAUUAAGCAUGGUUCUGUUACCGAAAUCCCGCUCAAAUUAAGUGGAGAGGGGCCAUUUACCGUUAAGUUUAAGCACAUGGAUUAUGAUGGAAAAAUUUUGAAAGAAUCUGAAAACAAAUUUCAGAAUAGUUAUAAGCCGGCUUUGAAGGUAAGUAAAGAAGGACUUUACCAAUUGAUCGAUAUUCGUGACUCAAGCUGUCAAGGUAAGGUAAUUGACCAGAACAGUGUGUAUAAGGUAUCUUUCUUGGAGAAGCCAAACUUUGCCAUUCAAGAUAACCAUCACAUAACAAGAUUGACGAAGAAUUCAUUUUCCAAAGAGGAAGUCUGUCAAGGGAUGGAAGGUACUGUCGAUUUGGCUCUAUUUGGCUCUCCGCCCUUCAUACUAGAAUACGAUUUGAUGGCACCCAACGGUCAUAUUUUUACAAAAAAGAUUCAAGUUGCAACCAAAUAUGCCUCACUGAAACUACCUAACCAAAUUCCUGGAGAGUACAUAACUACUAUUAAGGCCAUCUUUGAUGGCAAUUAUGGUGAGAGUGACGUACAUUUUAGAGAGCAUCAGUCAGAACUCGUAAUCAAACAGACCGUACAUCCCAUUCCAGACGUUGCAUUUGCCGAUGGUGGUAAGACCCUGCGUGCAUGCGCUGCCAAUGUAGAUCAAAUCUCAUUUUUGGAACCAAUAAAUUUGAAAUUUUUGCAAGGGGAAAGCCCAUUUUCAAUCACCUUUAGCGUUUACCAUGAGAGUACUAGUAGAACAGAUCAAUAUACCAUUGAUAAUAUUGACUCAGAAAAUUUUUCGUUCGAAAAGUUGUAUGAAGGCAUGAAGUUAGGUAACCAUGCCAUAAGUAUUGAUUCUGUCGCUGACGCAAAUGGUUGCGUCAAUAAUCUCAUAUCCGGGCCACGUAAGCAAAUUCUCGUGUCAAUUACCGAUGCACCAAAGAUACAUAUAUUAGAUCCUUCUACGGAGUACUGUGUGGGGGACUAUGUUGCGUAUCAACUAAACGGUGUGGCACCUUUCAUGAUCAAGUAUGAAUUCAAUGGUAUUCCACUAAAAUCUAAGGAACGCAGCUCCCAAUUUGUAAGAUUAGCCUCUGAACCGGGUGUUAUAUCUAUCACUUCUUUACAAGAUUCAUCCUCACAAUGCAUUGUCGACUUUACGAAGCCCGGUUUGAAGAGUGAAUUUAAUGAUUUAUCCUUAAAUAUACAUCCAAUUCCUUCCGUAACUGUUUCUCAAGGAAAUUACGUCACUGAGGAUAUUCGCGAAGGUGACCAGGCUGAAGUGAUCUUUUCAUUUGAGGGUACGCCGCCGUUCUCAUUAACUUAUGUAAGGACGGAAGAAACAGAUGGAAAACACGGCAAAAAGAGGUCACAGGUUGUUGAAACGCACAAAGUCACAGAUAUAUAUUCACAUGAGUACAAGGUAAUUACAAGUUUGCAAGGUACCUACGAGGCGAUUGAAAUCACAGAUGCUUAUUGUUUUGCCAAAAAUGAUCUCUUUUUCAAUAACUAG